CGCUAUUCUUGCAUUGGUGACAGGGCGCUAACAAGUGCGCGGGCCUUGAAUCGGGAUGCCGCGCGAAAAAAACGAGCACAUAUCAGCCAGCAGAUAUACACAGAUGCGACAGCAGUCCAGUCCGGUCCAGUCCAGUCCAGUCACCAUGACGCACCGCCGCUUCGAGACAAGCAAGCCAAGGCCCUCACAGUCCAGUCCUCGCGGCUGAUUCCGAUCGUCCUCCCACGUUCAUGUUCGCAUCUAUCACCGCGUCCCAGGUCCACGUCCACGCACCAUGUCCAGCGCGUUGGAUUCCCAGCGAGAGCGCGAGGUCCAGCGCUACCUGCAGAGCUGGCAGGUCGCCCAGGGCUCCUCGCUCACCGUCGCCCAGAACAUCAGCAGCAUCGGCGCACCGACGGACCAUGCCGACUUCACCCCCAAGGCGAGCUCGGACAAGGCGCUCACGGCCUUUGCCCAGCUGGCCGUCCUGCGCCUCAACGUCAAGCGAGCCAUGGUGAGCCUCAUCGACCAGACCUCACAGACCAUCCUCGCUGAGGCCACGCGCAACCUCCGCCUCGGCACCCACGACCCUGCCGGCCCCGACAAGGACAAUGAACUGUGGCUCGGCACCGCUGUCCUCUCACGCCCCGACGCCAUUUGCGAGCACUGCUUGACCAACACAUGCACAGGCCGCGACCCCAACGGUCGCUCAUACACAGCGCCCGGCCUCGUCGUGACGGACUGCCGCCUCGACGGUCGCUUCCACACGCGCCCCUACGUCGUGGCCGAGCCUGGCGUCCGCUUCUACGCUGGCGUACCCAUCAUCUCGCGCCACGGACACAAGAUUGGCGCCUAUGCCGUGUCCGACGACAAGCCGCGCGAUGGGUUGACGGUGGACGAGGUUCAGUUCAUGCAGGGUAUCGCGCAGGCCAUCAUGGAUCAUCUGGAGUGGGCGCGGGAUCGCGUGGACCGCUUCAAGGGCGAGCGCAUUGUGCGCGGACUGGCGGCGUUCAUCGAGACCUCGUACAUACAAGGCGGCGACUCGGAGAAUGGCAGAGAGGGACAGCCAUCCCGGCCGCCUGAAAUGUCGCAGGGUGGGAGGAGACGCCCCAUGUCGAGGGCAAGCUCCUAUCAGCGUGCCGAUGAACUCGUCAACGGAACCGUGCCGCCAUCUCAGCAGCAGCAACGACAAGCGCCUGCUGCUGCUGCUGCUGCCUCCUUGCCGCCAUCCUCGGGCACGCAGAAAACGCCGCAGCAGAAGUCAGAUGACAUGUCACACAUGCUGCAUCGCGCAUCCGAGCUGCUGCGCACAUCGACCCUGGCCGACGGCGUGGUCCUCUUUGGCGCGACAGCCACCAACGCCAAGCAGUUGAGCCGUGCCCUCCGCUCGGGAGCCCUCCAGUCGACAGGCGGCGACGAUGACGACCUCUCGCUCCCGGUCACGUCGGGGUCGGAAGGUGUUGGCUUUGACAGCUCCGACUCGGACACGCUGCCCACAUCAAGGCCAUGCAAGCUGCUCGCAUACUCCCUGGCGGAUGAGCGUGCUCGCGCGGCCAUCGACCAAGGAUCAGCCCUGUCCGUCGGCACACUCGAAAAAUACUUUACCCUCUUCCCCAAGGGCAAGGCGUUCUCCUUUACAGCCGAAGGCGCAGGCGUGUCGUCGGAAGACGACAGCGCGAGCGACAGGGAGCCCCAGAUUCACAACAUGCGUCGCAAGGUCCGGAUGGACCACAAGGAGCUCCUCAAGAAGAUACCAGGGGCCAAGGCGGUCAUCUUCGUGCCUCUUUAUGACUAUACGGAAGAUCGACUCGCAGGUGGCUGCUUCCUGUGGACCUCGGUCAGUGGGCGCCUCAUGAAUCUCGACGACGACCUGUCCUAUCUCCGUGCGUUCGCCAACAGCAUUAUGAGUCAAGUGGCGCGCAUCAACACGCAGAAGAACGAGGCGGCCAAGACGACCUUUAUCGCCAGCAUGAGCCACGAGCUGCGCAGCCCCCUGCACGGCAUCCUCGGUGCCGCGGAAUUCUUUCGCGAUACGCAGCUCAGCUCCUACCAGUCUGGUCUCAUCGGCUCCAUCACCACUUGUGGCAAGACUCUGCUCGACACAUUGAACCAUGUGCUUGACUACAGCAAGAUCAACCGGCUAGGUCGCAUGCAGCUAAGGCGAAAUGCGAAGCAAAACAAACUACUCAAGCUGUCCACCGACUCGCUCGACAGCUUGAACAUCACGGCUGCCGUGGACCUCGCCGUCCUGGUGGAGGAGGUCGUAGACGCCACGUCGGCGGGUCACACAUUCAACAGGGCGCCGGACGCAGGACCCGUGCCGGGGCUCGUCGGCCACCAGAGCCUGCUGCACGGGGAUGGCAGCCCAGGCACGGAGCCUGCGGGGAGUUCGGCGGUCGUGCUGCUGGACAUUUGUCCCCGAACGUCGUGGAUGGUGAGGACGCAACCGGGCGCCAUCCGCCGAAUCAUCAUGAACUUGUUUGGCAAUGCACUCAAGUACACCACGCAGGGAUCGGUGCAUGUGUCGCUCCGAGGGAAACAAAGUCCCGACGGGUCCAAGGUGGAUGUCCUGCUGAAAGUGGUGGACACGGGGAAGGGCAUGUCCGACGAGUUUCAGCGAAACCGACUCUUCCUCCCAUUCAGCCAGGAGGAUUCAUUUCAACCGGGCACGGGACUCGGUCUGAGCAUUGUGAAGCAGAUUGUCGACUCAUUGGGCGGAACUCUCGAAGUGCACUCUGAGCAGCACAAGGGCACAGAGAUCACCGUUCGUCUUCGUCUGUUGCCGGUGGCCGAAGAUCCCUCGGUGGCCCAGGACGAUGUCAUCCAGUCCGUUCUGAAGCGCGUCCGUGGACGCCAACUGACACUGCUGACCGGCCGACCCGACUCUCCACGGACGCAGCAGCAACUUGAACAAGCCGAUCAGGUUCUGGCCAAGACCUGCUCCAGCUGGUUUGGCAUGAAGGUCGUGAAAGAUGGGGAGGCGGGUGCGUCAGAGGCCGACUUCUACCUGUACUCUGAACCACCGUCACUGGAACUGCUUGAGCAGCGUUUGCAAAAGUCCGGGCUGGAGCCCAAGGUGGACAAGAAAGUGCCCUUUAUUCUCGUCUGUCAGAACGCAAAAGAGGCCAUCCAAAUCUCACAGAACCAGACAAAGUUGCUGACGAGCAUGUCCGAGAUUGUGGAGGUGAUCCCACAGCCUUGUGGACCGCGGAAGCUGGCUAAAGUCUUUGCCCAAUGUCUCCUGAUGGCCGAUGCCAAGUCAAGUGUGGACAUGGAGCAAGAAAAGGACGCCCAUCCACAACCCGUGAUCGAGCAACCGCCUACCGAGACGCCCAAAGACGACGCACCUGUUCCCGAAGCACAGCCUGCACAAGCCGUCGACGGAUCGGAUCCGCGGGCAGAUCAGCCUCCAUCAUCAGGACUUUUUGGCCUAGCCUCCCCUCCGCCCUUGAACCCAGGAACGCCAGCCCUUGGCGAUGGAACAGCCUCCUCGUACCCGAUCCCCAAGACCAAUGAACCCGGACCGACCGACAAAGCACCACCACGUCAUGUGCUCAUUGUCGACGACAACAAGAUCAACCUCCAGCUGCUGGUCAUGUUCAUGAAAAAGUGCGGCUUCUCCUACGCAGAAGCCGAGAACGGGCAGGAAGCCCUCGACAGGUUCACCGAGGCGUGCAUCCCCGCGUCGCAGACGACGGGGCCCGGCCGGCGACGGUUCGACUAUGUCCUCAUGGACAUUAGCAUGCCGGUCAUGGACGGCCUGGAAGCGACCAAGCGGAUCCGCGAGUUUGAGCGCGAGAACAGUCUGCCGCAGACCAACAUCAUUGCGCUGACCGGUCUGGCGAGCGCAGAUGCGCAGCGCGAUGCCGAGUCAGCCGGCGUCGACGUCUUCAUGCCGAAGCCUGUGCGCUUUGCUGAGCUGAAGAAGCUUGUGAAUCCGUCAUAGGCUGCGCGAACCCUGUCACAGG